GUAACACGCGCGCGCUCUUCCAAUUAGGCCAAUCAGCAGCGCCGCGCACGCGCACACGCACGCACACAAGUCCCGAAGAGGAGGAGGAGGAGGAAAGGGAAGAAGCAGGGUGUUUGAGAGGCAGUCGCCGGUCACUUCAGAGUCAGCCGCCACACGGCAAACUCCGGAAAGACGCACGCGCUCCUGUCCUCCUCUCUCUCUCUCUCUCUCUCUCUCUCUCUCGCUCUCUCUCUCUCUGCGAUCUGCGCAGCAGCGGCAGUGUGUGCGUGUGUAUGCGUGUGUGAGUGUGUGUGCAUGUUCGUCUUUCCCGCGGAGCUCAGAAAGAGAGAGAGACACGUCGGAGUUUUCAGACGCGGCCAUUGCUCUACAAACCCCUGCGUGGAUCUUCUCGGAUCAUGACCACCAUCAUCACCACAAUGAUGAAGAACACGGCUUUCUAGAUUCGAGAGGAAAGUUGCACGGAGAAGAUCUCGCGGACGCCUCGCUUUUACGCGGAAUUUAACCCGACUGGGAUUUUUUUCUUCUCUAUUUCUCAUAUUCCGUGAAGAACCCGCGAGGAACCGGUGAGGAACCCGUUCUGGAAUUGCUUGCGUUUGAGGUUACGUUCAUCCCAAUCCUGAGCCAGAGAGGAAAAGUGUUCAGAGGAGUUUGCAGUGCGACCGUGCACCUCGUCCUCUCUCUCUCUCUCUCUCUCUCUCUCUCUCUCUUUCCUUCUCUAUCUAUCCGCAGCGCGCACGCGACUGCGGCGGCGGCGGUGGUGGUGGCGGAGGUGCUGCUGCUCCUACUGCUGCUGCUGCUGCUGGUUCUGGUGGUGUUGCUUGUGGUGCUGAAGUCCAAACCCGCAGCCCAGGUCCAUAAUGUCCUCAAACACAAGUCAAGCCUGAACAUCAAUCUGCUCCAACAGUUGACUUGAGAUCUAUUUCUGCACCAUACUUUCAGGACAAUGGCUUCCCACCACAGAAAACUGAACUCUUUGUUGGUUUCUUGCUGCUUCUUUGUUUUUUUGCUUCCUUUCUCCACCUCAAGGCCACAGCAGCCUUCCAUUGCAUCCCAAGUGGAUGAGCACUACAGAACUUUCCAUGCUGAGAACCCAGAAUGGACCUUUAACCACUUGGCGGUGGACUACAGGAAUGGGAACGUGUACCUCGGAGCGGUCAACCGCAUCUAUAAACUCUCGCAAGAGCUAGACGUGCUGUUGUCGCACCAGACCGGCCCCGAGGAGGACAACCGCAACUGCUACCCACGGAUUGUGCAGCCCUGCAGCGAGGCGCUGACACUAACCAACAACGUCAACAAAAUGCUCCUAAUUGACUACAGAGCAAACCGGCUGCUAGCCUGUGGGAGUCUCUACCAGGGUAUUUGCAAGCUGCUUCGCCUGGACGACCUCUUUAAACUUGGAGAGCCCUAUCACAAAAAAGAACAUUACCUCUCAGGCGUCAAUGAGAGCGACUCAGUUUUUGGCGUCAUUGUGUCUUACGGCGACUCUUCCCCUGACAAGCUGUUUGUGGCCACGGCGGUAGACGGGAGGCCCGAGUACUUCCCAACCAUCUCGAGUCGCAAACUGGCGCGCAAUUCAGAGGAGGAUGGCAUGUUCGCCUACGUCUUCCAUGAUGAGUUUGUGGCCUCAAUGAUCAAGAUCCCAUCAGACACUUUUACCGUGGUGCCUGAUUUUGACAUAUACUAUGUGUACGGCUUUGCAAGUGGCAACUUUGUCUACUUUCUGACUCUCCAGCCAGAGAUGGGUGGUGGUCCAGCGACGGGUUCAUCUUCUGCCAACCGUGAACAGGUGUUUACUUCCAAACUGGUUCGACUUUGCAAGGACGACACGGCAUUCAACUCGUACGUAGAGGUCCCCCUUGGUUGUGUAAAGGGCGGUGUGGAGUAUCGGCUUCUUCAGGCGGCCUACUUGUCUAAGGCGGGUGCCAUUCUUGCUCGCUCGUUGGGUGUGGGACCUGACGAUGACAUCCUUUAUGCCGUGUUUUCCAAAGGCCAGAAGAGGCGGCCAAAGGAAACAUCUCAAGAGUCCGCCUUGUGCGUGUUUGCCCUGAAGGAGAUCAAUGAGAGAAUUAAAGACAGGCUGCAGUCCUGUUACAAAGGCGAGGGCACGCUGGAUCUGGCCUGGCUCAAAGUGAAGGAUAUUCCCUGCAGCAGUGCGCUCCUGACCAUCGACGACAAUUUCUGUGGGUUGGAUAUGAACGCCCCACUCGGGGUGUCCGAGAUGGUUCGCGGGAUUCCGCUGUUCUCCGAGUCCAACGACAAAAUGACCUCGGUGAUCGCCUACGUCUACAAGAACCACUCGCUGGCCUAUGUAGGCACGAAAAGCGGCCGGCUGAAAAAGAUUCGGGUGGAUGGACCCUCCCAAGGUGCUUUUCAGUACGAAACGGUCCAGGUGGUGGAGAGCGGCCCGGUCUUACGCGACAUGGCUUUCUCGGCUGAUCAGCACUUCCUGUAUGUGAUGUCAGACACCCAGCUCACUCGUGUUCCAGUUGAGGCUUGCGAGCAGUAUUCAUCCUGCAAUGAAUGUCUGGGCUCCGGGGAUCCUCACUGCGGCUGGUGUGUGCUGCACAGUAUGUGCACCAGAAAGGAGAAGUGUGAGAGAUCAUCCGAACCACGUCGCUUCACCUCGGACAUCAGGCAGUGUGUCAGGCUCAGCGUUCACCCCAGUAACAUCUCCGUGUCCCAGUACAGUGUCACGCUCGUCCUGGAAGCCCACAAUGUUCCUGAGCUCUCCGCUGGUGUGAACUGCACAUUUGAAGACCUGGCUGAGAUGGAUGGGCUUGUGGAAGGAAAUCGCAUUACUUGCAGCUCUCCUGCUGAGAAGGAGGUCCCACGCAUCAUUGUAGACCAAGGUGACCACCAGAUUGUGCAACUCUACCUCAAGUCCAAAGAAACAGGUCUAGCUUUUGCCAACACCAGCUUUGUCUUCUACAACUGCAGUGUCCAUAAAUCAUGUCUGUCUUGUGUCGGAAGCCCAUACCAAUGUCACUGGUGCAAGUACCGUCACAUCUGCACCCAUGACCCACGCAGCUGCUCUUUCCAAGAAGGACGAGUCAAGCAGCCCGAGGAAUGCCCCCAGCUGCUUCCCGCGGACCGGAUCUUGGUGCCGGUCAACGUUGUGAAGCCCAUUACCCUGCGUGCCAAGAACUUGCCCCAGCCUCAGUCGGGACAGCGUGGCUACGAGUGCGUGCUCAUUAUCCAGGGAGUGGAGCAGAGAGUCCCUGCCCUCCGCUUUAACAGCUCCAGCGUACAGUGCCAGAACACUUCGUACUUGUAUGAUGGGAUGGAGAUGAGUAGCCUGGCCGUGGAACUGACGGUGAUCUGGAAUGGGGAUUUUAGCAUCGAUAACCCGGCGCAAAACAAAGUACACCUGUAUAAGUGUGAUGCGAGGCGUGAGAGCUGUGGCCUGUGCCUGAAGGCUGACCCUUUGUUCGGAUGUGUGUGGUGUAAAGCCGAGAAGCGCUGCACUCUCAAACAGCACUGCUCUCAUCCACAGAGCAUGUGGCUCGAACACAACGGCAUCAACAGCAAGUGCACACACCCGAAGAUCACCAAGAUCACCCCGCUGAGAGGACCUCGGGAAGGAGGGACACUGGUGACAAUUCGCGGCGAGAACCUCGGCCUGGAGUUCUACGAGAUCCAGGGCAACGUGAAGGUCGCGGAAGUAGAGUGCACACCCAUACCAGAGGGAUACAUCCCUGCUGAACAGAUUGUGUGUGAGAUGGGAAAAGCCGAGUCAAGUCAGUUUGCCGGAAAUGUCCAAGUCUGCAUAGGGGAGUGCCAGUCCGAGUUCAUGGUCAAGUCCUCCAAGUACUACUACUUUGUGCUCCCCAGACUGCACUCUCUGAAGCCCAGCCGCGGCCCCUUAUCCGGAGGAACCAUCGUCAACAUCACAGGAAGCAACCUAGACUCCGGAAGCAACGUUUCCAUCUUGUUUAACGGAGAGAAGUGCACUUACCACAGGAGAGGGGGUCAGUGGAUCACAUGUCGCUCUCACGCGUCCACUCAAGGCACCGGCAAAGUCACCGUAUCUGUGUACGUCGACAAAGCCCACAUUCACAAGGAUCUCCAGUUUGAGUAUGUAGAAGACCCGACCAUCACUAAAAUCGAUCCCGAAUGGAGCAUUUUCAGUGGAAACACACCAGUGACAGUGACGGGAACCAACCUGGACAUCAUCCAAAACCCGCAAAUCAGAGCCAGAUACAACAAGCAGGAGACGACUAAUUUUUGCCAGGUUCUCAGUUCGACCACGAUGCUGUGCCAAGCCCCGGCGCUGCCCGGUGGCCUGAGCAGGCAGAAGGAAGUGGUGGAGAAACCUGACGAGUUUGGCUUCAUCCUCGACAAUGUGCAGGCUGUGCUGGCUCUCAAGAACAUCAAUUUCCUGUAUUACCCCAACCCCGUGUUUGAGCCUCUCAGUGCAUCUGGAGUGCAGGAACUCAAACCUGGAUCUCCUAUUAUUCUAAAGGGCCGGAAUUUCCUCCCUCUUACCCCCGGUGGCAACGGCAAACUGAACUACACCGUUCUGAUCGGCGAAAAGCCCUGCGCCUUAACCGUAUCUGACACGCAGCUGCUGUGUGAAUCGCCAAAUCUAACUGGACGCCACAAAGUUCUGGCCCGUGUGGGUGGCAUCGAAUUCUCCCCAGGGGUGGUCCACAUCACCUCAGACAGCCCUCUCAGCAGCACGGCCAUCAUCAGUAUCGCUGGAGCCGGAUGCCUCCUCAUCCUCUUCAUUAUUAUCGUCCUGAUCGCCUACAAACGCAAGUCGCGCGAAAGCGACCUGACCCUGAAACGCCUGCAGAUGCAGAUGGACAACCUGGAAUCCAGAGUGGCACUGGAGUGUAAAGAAGCGUUUGCCGAGCUCCAGACGGAUAUUAAUGAGCUGACCAGUGACCUGGAUGGAGCAGGGAUCCCAUUUCUAGACUACAGAACCUACACAAUGCGAGUUCUCUUCCCUGGCAUCGAGGAGCAUCCUGUUCUUAAAGACCUGGAGGUGCCAGGUUACAGACAAGAGCAGGUGGAGAAGGGUCUGAAGCUUUUUGGUCAGCUGAUCAACAACAAGGUGUUCCUGCUGACCUUCAUUCGCACGUUGGAGUCCCAGCGCGGUUUCUCCAUGCGAGACCGGGGCAACGUGGCCUCGCUCAUCAUGACCGUGCUGCAGAGCAAGCUCGAGUACGCUACUGACGUCCUCAAACACCUGCUCUCCGACCUUAUUGACAAGAACCUGGAGAGCAAAAACCACCCCAAACUGCUGCUGCGCAGGACGGAGUCGGUUGCCGAGAAGAUGCUGACGAACUGGUUCACGUUCCUUCUCUACAAAUUCCUCAAGGAGUGUGCUGGCGAGCCGCUGUUUUCCCUCUUCUGUGCCAUCAAGCAGCAGAUGGAGAAAGGGCCUAUCGACUCGAUCACAGGGGAGGCACGCUACUCUCUGAGCGAGGACAAGCUCAUCAGGCAGCAGAUCGACUACAAGACACUGGUGGUGAACUGCAUUCACCCGGACAACGAGAAAAGCCCAGAGAUUCAGGUGAAAGUCCUGAACUGUGACACUAUCAGCCAGGUGAAGGAGAAGAUCCUGGAUGCCAUCUACAAGAACGUUCCUUAUUCUCAUCGUCAAAAAGCCGCAGACAUGGAUCUAGAGUGGCGUCAGGGCAGAGGGGUUCGGAUCAUCCUGCAAGACGAGGACAUGACCACGAAGAUCGAGAGCGACUGGAAGAGGCUCAACAUGCUGUUGCAUUACCAGGUAUCUGAUAAUGCGCUGGUGGCCCUCGUCCCAAAGCAGGUCACUGCCUACAACUCUGUAAACAACUCCACCGUCUCCAGGACGUCUGCGAGCAAAUACGAAAACAUGAUCAAAUACACAGGUAGCCCAGACAGCCUGCGCUCUCGUACACCCAUGAUCACACCCGACCUGGAAAGUGGAGUCAAGGUUUGGCACCUGGUGAAGAACCACGAGCACGGAGACCAGAAAGAGGGCGACCGCGGCAGCAAGAUGGUCUCCGAGAUUUAUCUGACCAGACUGCUGGCUACCAAGGGCACGCUGCAGAAGUUUGUAGACGACCUCUUCGAGACCAUCUUCAGCACGGCGCACCGAGGAAGCGCCCUCCCGCUCGCCAUUAAAUACAUGUUCGACUUUUUGGACGAGCAAGCCGACAAGCAUGGCAUCCACGACCCUCACGUCCGGCACACGUGGAAGAGCAACUGCCUACCUCUGAGGUUUUGGGUGAACGUGAUUAAAAAUCCCCAGUUUGUGUUCGACAUCCAUAAGAGCAGCAUCACGGAUGCCUGCUUGUCUGUUGUGGCUCAGACCUUCAUGGACUCCUGCUCCACAUCUGAGCACCGCCUGGGGAAAGACUCACCCUCCAACAAGCUGCUGUAUGCCAAGGACAUCCCCAGCUACAAGAGCUGGGUGGAAAGAUACUACUCUGACAUCAAUAAGAUGCCCGCGAUCAGCGACCAGGACAUGAACGCUUACCUGGCCGAGCAGUCCCGUAUGCACAUGAACGAGUUCAACACCAUGAGCUCCCUCAGCGAGAUCUAUUCAUACGUGGGGAAAUAUGCAGAGGAGAUUGUGUGCGCGUUGGAGGAGGACGACGGUGCCAGGAAACAGAGACUGGCCUUCAAACUGGAGCAGGUGGUCGCCUUUAUGAGCCUGGAGAGCUGAGGACCACGUUUCCCAGAGCGCACUGGGACCGCCGUCGUGGAAAAACUGGAGAGGAAAGAAAAAAAAAAAGAAACAAACCGAGCCGUGCCUGAGCACCUGUACAUCUUUUAGUUUUUUGUUUUUUUUCUGCACAAAACUUCCUAUCAACUGAGCAAAACCAAGAAUCCGCGUCGCAUUUAAAGCUCUGCUUCCUAGAUGACAAAAAAUACGGGCCAAGGAGAUGGAGACUAUAACCAUGAUGCAACAGGGAGGGAUCGAGGGUGGGUUCGGGUUUCGGGAUGCGCUGCCUUUUGCGAAACCCUCUGUCCUUCCCUGGGAAAAUAGUUUUUUUUUUUUUUUGAAGAAAAAAAAAGAUAAAAUGUUAUGUUUCUGUUGCCUUUAAAAACAUCGCUGUUCGGCAAAGUCUUUCACGUCCACAAUGUUGGUGUUCUGGUUUUUUCCACUUAACUUGUGUAGGACACCAUGAUCGGGUCUGAGCGUAGAACCGAAACUUGAGCUUUUUGGUACCGACUUGAAAUCCAUUGAGUUUACAAGACAGAAAAAAACGACACUGGGAACAUUCAAAAUGGAGUACGUGGCACGUCUGGGACUCUGACUGUCCGUCUGAUUGUCUGUCUGUCCGUCUGUGGCACAUUACCUGACUGGAGCUUUGUUAUAUGGAGAAAAAAAAAAUCUGAGGUUUAUUCUCUUCUGAUGAAAGCACACACACACACACACACACACACACACAUACUCUUUCACACACAUAUUACACACACCUACAUCCAGCUGUGAGGGCUUCCUUCCUUCCUCUGGUCUUUUUUUUUGGGGGGGUGAGGAUUUUAAGGAUCAUCGUCCUCGAAAACAAGCACACGUUCUGUAGCUGCCUCAGAUUCAUAACUUCUACUAGAGUUUCGUCGCUGACACGAGGAUCGCCGUGUCGUCUGUCAAGAGUCGUUCACUGCCACAGAGUUUGCAGUUUCACAAAUGACUCGAGGAACGAACGAAAAAAAAAAAAAACAUAACCAAAGGAGAUGAAGGUGAUGGAGAUUUUUCAGGUGGCAGAAACACGGACUUGCAACCAAAGGUCUACUGCGGUCUACUGAUUCUUCGGGAGAAAGGUUUCUUCAGACACCAUCGUAAAACGUGAGGAAGCCAGGGAGAAGAGGACGCUUCUUCGGCUUCGUCCUCAGCUUGGGGGGAAUUAAAAAGAAAGAAAAAAAAAAGACGAACACCAACCUGUGACAGAGGCUCUGUAACAAUGGACGGAAAGAGAACAAAAAACCCCCCACAGUACAGACACCUCUGAAGCACCGUUCUUGUCCUUCAGCCUCUGAGCUUUCCUUUUUGCCUUGACAGAGUGCUCCAUGUGGUGAUUUGAGACCAUUGUGUGGAGAUCCACCUUUGGGUAUAGUUUAUCGGCUUUUUUUUUUUUUUUUUAAAGCGCAUGUACUUCGAUUUAAACUUGAUUAAAAAGAAAUAAAAAAAUGAUCAAGAACAACAAUGAUGGAAACUUAGAGCAAAAUACGCCUUGCUACAAAAAAAAAAAAAAAAAGAAAAUUAAGAUGAUGUGGAUGUGUCCUUUUUCUUUCGUUUGCUUGAAAGAACAAGACAGGGAGAUGAAAAAUACAUAAAUAGAUGAAUAAAUAAAUAAAUAAAUAAACAAAUAAAAUAGCGUCCAUCUAAAGCCACAAGUCCUGUUAAGGUGGAACCUUUAUCCGACUCACACCCGGUCAUUCUCAUGUCCUUGUGAAAGUGUUAAAUAAACAGUUAUGAUACCGAUAAUAAGAUCGAUAACCGUAAUCGAGUAUAGUAUAUUCUACCCUUUUUGCAUGUCGACCUAUUUGGAUGUUAUGAAAUAAAACUGCCUUGCAAUCGAAGCUAUUUAUCUGAUACUACUAGGAAUUUUAAGAGGAUUCUUUUUAUUUUGUGAUUUUUUUUUUUCCCGUUCGACCGACAGUCGCCGUCAUCCGUCGUGUGUCAUGAAGAAGCAUCACAGUCCCUCAGGUAGAUUAUUUAGCCGUGAGCCGUUAUCGUUUUUCACGUUUACGUCGAAAAAGCUGCACAAUGAACGUUACUGUUACUGCUGCACCAUGAAAACAAAAACCUUUACAUUAUUAUUUUUUUUUAUUCUUCAUCCCCUGUCGAAUUUUCUGACCAGGACUGUUUACUGAAUUUUUUUGUUUGUUUGUUUGUUUGUUUUCGAGAAACUAUAUUUUUUAUGGUGCUUCACUCUUAGAAAAAAAAAAGGAAAAGAAUACGACAUGAAGAUUUAUUCGUUCCAUUAAAAUAAGAAAGAAAGAAAAUAUACAGUGUUUAAUGACAAAAAAAAGUACAAAGCAAUGCAAAGUACAAGAUUUAUGAAAUUUAUAGCAAUUAUUAUUGUGAGGAAAAAUCAAGAAAAAUCAGGAAAGUCAGAAUUCAUCACAAUAAUAUUGCUUUAGUAUAUGGACAAAAGUUUGUGGACACCUGAACUUUAGAUUAUUAUGUGCUUCUUUUUAAACAUCCCAUUCCACAUGAAGUCUCCAUUCGCUGUUAUAAUAAUCUCCACUCUUCUGGGAAGAUGUUCCACUAGAUUUUGUGGAGAUUUGUGCAUAUUCAGGUAUAAGGGUAUCAGUGAAGUACUGAUGUAGGUGAGGUGAGGAGAUCAGGAGUGCAGUCAGCGUUCACAUUCAUCAUGAUCAGUAGGGUUGAGAGCCGAAUAGCAGGUGAUCUUCCAUUCCAUCCUAUGUAAAGCAUACCUCCAUAGAUGUUUGGGUCUCCUAGUUCAACUGAAGGGAAAUUUUCACAUCCUAUACAAUUGAGUGUCUCCAACUUUGUGGAAGAAUUUCAUAUGCCUGGAAAAGUCAGGUGUCCCAAUACUUUUGUUCAUAUAGUGUAGGUUUUGUACUUGAACCCUUCUCAGAAUUCUUGUUUGGAUCUCUGCCUGAUUUGGGUUGUAGGUUUCUACACAGUUCAUACCAGUGAAGAACCUUUCUUCAGACUGAUUUCACACUUUUUUUCAACCCGUAAUCCGACAGGAAAAAAUGGGGGAAAAUGCUGUGAAAAUUGGUAUUUGUGAGAGAACAUUAGGAGAUCAGAUGAUUUUGUUUUCAGAUGAAAACAAAAUUCACCAAGUAAAUUGGAGUCCCAUCAAACUUCCAUCCAGCUUGGAGACUCACACCAGCGAAUCAAACCCACAGAGCGGAGUCACUACAUGGUUACAUUUAUGGUUUUUCAUAUCUGACAAAGGGAAAAAAGAAUGUGCAAGCAUCCUAAAAAAUUAGUUUUAUUCAUUAAAUAAUAUCAUGAAAAUAGUCCGAUUGAACCAAUUAUGAACGAUCGCUCUGAAAUAAAUAAAUGAUUACAAGCUUGUAACCAUUGUUUUGUUAUUGUUUUUAUAGGAUAUUGUGCUUCUUUGUAAAAAAAAAAAAAAAAAAAAAAACAGUAAAAACGUCUAGAAUAUUAAUUCAUCGUCGUCAAUCAAUUUUAAUGAAAUAACUCGAUAUUUUCCGAAUCCACACUCAAGAUAUUGAACCGUUUUCUUCCUUUCUUUUUUUUUCUUCUAAGAGUGUCCUGGUUACAAUAAAGCACCUGAUGAAUGUAAAUAUUUUAGAUCCUGAUAGACGUAGGAGUAGAGUUGAGUGUUCAUUCGGUUGAUGAUUGUGUUUCAGGGGCCGGGUUCGGGCUCGAAACACCCAUUCGAGUUGUUACUAAAGAGUCACCGAAGCACACGGGGGUAUCAGGAGGCAGAACUCGGAUGCAGUCUGUCCUGCUUUCCAUGUUUGACGCAUUGAAAAACCCAUGAUGUGAAUCUUGUGUGUCUCGGAUUUGGAAACUGAGGAAGGCUUGCAGUCCGAUAUGUCGAUUGUGGAUUCGGAACAGAGAGGGGGAUUCUGAUUCAUCCUCGGUCACAGUAUUUAUUGAAAAGAAGAAAAAAAAGAAUCCGUUUUUAAAGAAAGCCGUCUGCCUCCGUGAUACACCUGUGUUCCGUUUUCUAUCCAUCUUUCACGUACUGCCACGUGCCGUUGGGUAAACCCCAGCCUCCCGUCUGUCUGUCUGUCUGUAUGUCUGUAUGUCUGUAACGGACUUGAUAAAGCUUCCACCUUUAACAUUUUGUAAGACUUCGAAAUGUCCUUCUAGCUCAGUGUUAUAGCAGGUGUUUCAGAAAAACCCGUUAGAAAAGACUUUUACUAUUUCCAUACCGGACGAGAGAUAACCGAAUUAUCCUAACAGGAAGAGGAGGAGGAAUGAGAGGAGGAGGGAAAAGAUGUGGAUGAGGAUUAGGAGGAAGAGGAGGAGAAGUGAGACGACGGGAAACGGCGAGCUUCUCUAACUUUGUUAUAAUUAAUUGUAUACCUGUGUAUGUAAAUAUAAUGCAUUCCUAUUUUGCAGUCAAGGACAAAAUACUAUUUGUAAAAUAGAAUAAACUUUAUUAUGAAAAAUUAAA